UAUCAAGCUCACUAGUGAACUAAAGCUACGAGCUACGUCUCCUUCUUUCUCUCUCGUUUUGUCUGUAAACCCUGAAAGUGAAGUAAAAAUGGCGAUGGUGGUGGUGAUAUCACUCCCAUUGAUCCUGUUCUCGUUGAUGCUUGGUGUUGGGUGUUAUCUGAUAGGAAGGGCAAGAGGAAGACAAGACAUUAGAACUCAUGCACAAGCUUUUGGGGUUCCGAUUACACCGCCUAAUGCCGAUCAAGCUUCUUCAUCACCUCCAUCUUGUUCGAAACCCAAAAUUGCAGAGAUUGUAUGACAGAAUCUUUGGGUUUUGGGUUUUGGGUUUUUGAGUUCUUGAUUUUGGAUUGGAUUGGAUUUGAUUGGGUUGUCGAAAUAAUGAAUAAUUCUUUGUUGUUCUUGUGUAAAGAUUUUUCUUGGUGGAUAGAUCUAUAUAUGAUUAGAGAAUUCAAUUUGUAGUUUUGUACAAUUGUAAUACCAUUUUUGAAUUGUGUUUUAUCAUAUGUA